AUGAAUAUAUCACAAUUAACUGCACCAUUUGCUUUAAUGACAACACCAGAUUUUCAUACACUCAAAGUUGAAUGGUUUGACAGUCUGGAGGAACUUGAAAUGGCCGGUAUAAGAUGUGCUAUAGAAGUUUCAAUUAAAAAGAGUGAUUUUAAUAACUGGGAAGUUAUAUACCUAGGUAGAAGUGAUCAUUGUGUGAAUACAAAAAUGGAGCCUGGUGGCGAGUAUCUUGUACGAUUGAGAUUAGUUAUGGAUGAUUCAUAUGGACCAUAUGGUGAAGAACAACUAGUUGAAAUGCCAGUUGAACCAAACUCUGGCUCUGACUUACACAGAGCAAUUAAAUUUGAGGAUUAUGAACAAGUAGUACGUAUACUUGAAGCUAAGCAAGUAAAUAUUGAAACAGCAGAUCAGUUUGAUUUUACGCCUUUAAUGUCUGUGGCUAAUAGAAAUUUGAAAGAUAUGGUUGGACUUUUAUUAAAACACGGUGCAAAUCCGAAUACAGCGAAUAAAUUAGGUAAAACUGCGGUAAUGAUAGCUGCUAAUAAAGGAUAUGCUGAUGUUGUGGAGACUUUAAUUCAAAAUGGCGCUGAUCCUAAUUUACAGGACAUAAAUGGAAUGCAUAGUUUAUUCUAUGCAGUUGAUGGAGAGAAUGCAAAUAUGGUUCGUUUACUGGUCAAACAUGGAGCACGAACAGAUAUGGAAGAUAAAGAUAACCAAUGGACACCCUUAAUUCGUCUAGCAUGUUUAGCAAACAAUGGUAAUGCAAGGGUUGGUGCUGCUCUUCUUGACUGUGGAGCUACUGUUAAUAAACAAGAUAAAUAUGGACAAACAGCAUUAAUGCAUUGUGCAUUUCAUAGAAACCAUGUGGAUUUAGCUAAAUUACUUUUAUCGCAUGGAGCUGAUCCAGAUAUUAAAAAUAAGAAAAACAACACUGCUAUUGACAUAGCUCGAUCACUGGAAAACUUGAAUUUCUGUAAUCUAAUUGAACGAUUCAAACGGUUAGCCAAGAAGUAAAAUUUAAAAAAUCUGCAAACAUUUAUCAUCACCAUAGUACCCAUGAAUCAGUGACAUAAUUAAAACAAUGAUUACUAU